UUCAGAAUAAGUUUCAUCUCACACUCGCGAAACUUAUUGCGUAUUUUUCAACCUCAUUCGCAAAAAAGUAUUUAAUAUUUUACAUUAAUCGAAUUUAUUUUAUCAUGGCAUCUUUGGGUAAUGAAAAUAAACAAGAGGUGUCCGAUUUAGCCGAACCAGUACGAAAUGGUGAAUCAUUACCAACACCACUUCCUCCGCCGGAGUACUUAGCUCCUACCAUUGCUACAGCUGCAUUAGCCGGGGGGGAGCAAGGAGGACGCGCCCUCCUCUUGGAAAAUGGAGUUUCCGACCCCGAUCACACUUUUGCGGACAAAAGCCUUACCUUUGAUGAUCAAACGAUUCGAAAAGGCUUUAUCCGGAAGGUUUUCGGCAUUGUCCUGGUGCAACUACUCUUCACCUGUGGCAUCAUCGCUUUCUUUAUUUUCCACCAACCCACGAAGAGGCUUGUCCAGAGGUAUCCCCAAGUAAUGCUGGUGGCCGCAGUCAUUAACAUCAUCGUCCUGAUCAUGAUCAGCUGCUUCGAAACUUUCCGCCGCAAGCAUCCUGUCAACUUGAUUUGCCUGUCCAUCUACACCUUCACCAUGUCUGUGCUCCUGGGAGUCGCUUCCAGUUUCAUGGACGCGAACGUGGUACUCGCUGGUGUGGGAAUUACCGCGAUACUGGUGACCGCACUGUCCCUGUACGCCAUUCAAACGAAAUACGAUUACACCGCAGCUCGGGGAGUCUUUUUAACUAUUCUAAUCGGUUUUAUUGUCAUUGCCUCGAUGGAGAUUUGGAUACCCAGUCUCGUUACAAACCUUCCAAUCGCCUGUCUAAUGGCCAUAUUCUCGUGCUUUUUCCUAAUCUACGAUCUGCAGAUGAUUAUCGGCGGUAAUCACAUGUACUCGUUCAAUCCGGAGGAGUACGUGUUCGCCGCCCUGACCCUAUACGUUGACAUCGUACGUAUUCUCGUUUAUGUUCUCAGGAUUCUCCAAAGAUUCAAUUAGAGCAUUUUGGCUUCCAGUUUUUAUAUACGAAAGUAUUAUGUAACUAUGCAUUUUUAUUUGAAACUCAAUGUGCCAUGUCACGAAAGAAGAGUGAUUACAUUAAAUGUAACUGCUUGAUAACCGACGAAAAUCAAAAACAGGAUUUUAUACUAUUUGUAAUUCAGAAUUUUAUUAAUUAACUUAAGUUUUUGGCUCAUCUCGGUCUAAAAUAUUACAUUAUAUUUGUAUGUUUUACGUUUUAAUGCUGUAUAUGCGUGUGUAUGUGUGAGUAACUAUAAAAUACAAUCACAAAAUGUA